AUGGCUGCCACUUGUGUAUCCUGCGAUCGAGUCUUCGUCAGCGAAGAAUCUUUGCAGCAGCACCUGCGAGACUCUCCUGUACAUGCUUCAAUGUAUAAAUGCCAGAAAUGCGACCGGUCUUUCAGCAGCGACGAAGCUCUGCAGCAGCACCUGCGAGACUCUCCUGUACAUGCUUCAAUGUAUGAAUGCAAGAAAUGCGACCGGUAUUUCAGCAGCGACGAAGCUCUGCAGCAGCACGUUCGCGACUCGCCUGCCCAUGCUCCAUCCUUCGACUGUGAGACGUGCGACCGGGCCUUCAAGACCGACGAAGCUCUUCAGCAGCACCUCAAGUACGCCGAUGCUCACCAGCAGCAGUCGCAGCCGCAGCUGACAACCCCCCUGGAUGAGUUCUUCCUCUCCUUUGAGGGUUUCGAGUACAUCCCGUCUCAGCCGCCAGCCAAGUCCUUUGCCCGCCUGGAGAAGCACCAGGGCUGGCAACGCGGCGCCGCCGCGGCCAAAAAGGCCUGGAACAAGUACCAGGAUGCGCUGGACAGCGAGCUGCAGAUGUGGUACGGCCCGUCCGACGACUUGACGGCGUGGCAUGCGCUCUGCCGCGCCGUCGGCAUCAACCCGCUACCUCAGUCGUGCGGCCAAUGCAAAAAGGCUGUGCACAAAAAGCACGUCAACAUCGUCGACCUGGUCGAUUGGUCGCGGAACCGUGGACGUAGCGAGAAACCAGUCCAGACGUUCCGCAGCGUGGCGCAACUACAGGAUUACACCAUCGCCACUGGCAAGAUAUACAGCAAAAGGCAGGCCAAGGCCGGCAGCCAGGGCAAAAAGACUGUGCUGAAGCACUUGCUGCGCCAGAUCUUUUGA